UCUGAACAAUUAAUAUAAUCUUUUCUUGUUUAUAACCAAGUAAGGUGAAAUGUUCUAGAUAAAUUUCUAUAAAAAUUAACAAGUUUUGUGAAUCAUUCCUAAUCAUUGAUUUUUCUACGUUAAUAAAAAAAAAAAAAAUAAAAAUGCCAUUAAGAUUAUAUAAAAGCAGUAAGUUAUAAGCCUCUAGAGUCUAUACACGAUAUAUCUAUAUAUUAUAUAUUGAAAUCUAAUAUAAUUUAUUUAAUAACAUAGCCAUGUAUUCGAUUAGUGACGAUGGUAAAAUAUCAAAUGAUUUGUCUACUAAUUCCAAAUUAAUGACAAGAUUUAAUUGCAAAUCUAAUCACAUGAAAAUUAUAAAACGAGAACGUCUUACCGGUGGAGCAGAUAUCAAUGAAAGUGUAGAAAAUUCGGUAGAAAAUAACGUAGAACCUACAGCUUCCAUAGAACCUGAAGCUUCCAUAGAACCUGAAGCUUUCAUAGAACCUACAGUUUCCAUAGAACCUGAAGCUUCCAUAGAACCUACAGUUUCCAUAGAACCUGAAGCUUCCAUAGAACCUGAUGCUUCCAUAGAACCUGUCGUAGAAUCAACUAAAGAACAUUCUAAAAAUGAUCAUGAAGAAUCUAAACAAUUUCCUAUACAAGAAUCAGGUUUGAGCGACAAUCAAAUGGAUCUUACAAGUGGUCCAUGCUGCGUUUGUGCAACACAUUUAAUAAACAAUACUAAGAUCAAUGAAAUAAUUGAUUAUGCUCAUCAAAAUCUUCAAGAUGCCGGCAAAGCAUUAGCAACAUUAGGAGAGAACUUCGAACACGGUUUAAAGUUGGCGAUCGUCGACGUACUAGGAAGAAUUCAACAAUGGAGUACCACGGUACAAAAUAAGUUAGACAUUUGCAAAGGAGAUAUAGAACGUUUACAAGGAGAAUUAUUAUCACAGAUGUGUGCAAUUACUGAUAAGGAAAAUAAAAUAAAGGAGCUUAAUAAACAGAUUGCAGAUCUUAUGGCUGAAAUUAAUCGACUUAAGCAACAACUUGCUGAAUGCAUGGCUGCAAAAGAAAAAUAUUUAGAAAAACAGAAGCAAAUUGAAAAAACAAUAAAGAAAGGAAACGUUGACGAUUCUGUUGAAAAUCCUGUUGAAGAAGUAACUGAAGAUUUCUCAAUGGCAAAAAAAUUAAAAACGAAAAAUUCACCAAUAGCAAAAAUAUCAAAAACGGAAGAUUUUCCAAUAGAAAAAUCAAUCGAAAAAAAUAGAAAAAUUGAAGAAAUGAAGAGGACAAAAGUACAAACACGUGAGAAGGAUAAGGAAAGAAAGAGACGUGAGAUAGAGUUGGAAUGUGAGAUAGGAUGUCUUAGAAAGGAAAAUGCAAGAUUGAUGAAAGAAAAAAUCGAUUAUGAGAAUGCUAUACAGCGAGCAUUAUUACGUGGAGUAUCAUCUCUUAACGUAGAAGCUUUGAGAGUAUUACGUUGUCCACCAAUACCAUGUUGUAGUCCUUGUGCUCCAUGUCCAAUGUCCUUUAUACCAACUACGUACGAAGACACUGUUCCAUGUCCAGUAAAAAUGAAAAGACCUUGUCCAGCACGUCCAGCAAGUAAAGAAUAUUGUAAUAGAUAUGGAAAUGGAAAUGAAAAUGAAAAUGAAAAUGAAAAUGGAAAGAAUUGGAAAUACAAUUAUUGUGAUUCCAUGAUCAAACAGCUUUGUGCGAGUCCCUGUUGUCCUGCAGGAAAAAAUCGACAAAAUUCUGACAAUAGCAUGUACUUUCUCUUGCAUCAAGGUGAUGCCGAAAACGUAUGCAGAACAAACGAAAGAUUAUCGCCACGUCCAUGUGGUUCACCGAUUAUGAAGAAAGUUGAAAUACCUCCAUGUUCAAGAUUUACAAGAUUAUGAUAAUAUACUAUUAUCAUAUUGUUUUAUUACUAUACAAUAAUUGAAGGGAUUAAGAAUUGAUAAACGACAACCGAUUUAAAAUAUAAAUAUAAUUUUAUAUAAUAUAUAUCACCAGAAAAAUAUUAUAAAUAUUAAACGUUCGUUUUUUUCUCUUUUUUUUUUUUUUUUUCUUUUUUUUUCAUAAAUAAUCA